AUGACGCAACCAGCCAACAAGCCGACGGCGUCAGCCAACGGCACCGCGGUGAAGCCCAAAGUCGGCCCGCAUCCGGGCUUCAUCUCCAGCUCUAACCAGUACUCGUCCGAGACGCGCAUCCGGCGCAUGUUCCGUCACAACGGCUGCGACCCUGCGCGCGAGGACAACUACCGCCUGCAGGGCGUCCAGCUCAUUGACAAUGUGCGGGAGCAUCUCAAACUGCCCGUUCGAACCUUCGACACCGCCUGCAUAUACUUUCACAAGUUCCGCCUCAACUACCGUGACGCCGAGUACAGCUUUCAGGACGCCGCGCUCGCGUCGCUGUUUGUGGCCUGCAAGGUCGAGGACACCAUCAAAAAGUCCAAGGACAUACUCGCUGCUGCCUACGCGGUCAAGAACCCGGACAAGCCUGUAUCGACCGAUGACAAGGAGAAGGAGCAAAAUACUGCCCACGACAGCACCACUAAUCUCCUCGCCCCGCAGAUACUCGAACAAAACGGCAAAAUCAUCAUCGGCCUUGAGCGCCACAUCCUCGAGACCAUUGGCUUCGAUUUUCGCACGCGCUACCCACAGAAGCUACUCGUCAAGGUGAUCCGACGAAUCCUUGGCCCAUCCGUAGACACGACCGCCUCCGCCACCGCGCGUACCUUCUACGCCACCGCCUACGCCAUGUGCAUCGACAUGUACAAGACGCUCGUGCCCGUCAAGCGCACCACCUUUGCCAUGGCCAUGGCUGUUGUUGAGCUCACUGCGCGCCUCACCACCACCGGCGAUGAGCAGGCGCUCCUCCUCGAGCGCAUCGAAGGCUUCUCUCAGCGACGGCAACACUCGCAGCGCUGCGACGCCCGCGCACCCGUCGUCGAGACCAUGCUCGACCUCCUCGACCUCUACGUCCAGAACCACAAGGCCACCAAGCUCGGCGCGCGCUUCGACCUCGCGCGCUUCAUCGACAUCAAGAUCCAGCUCAACCAGGGCCUCGACGCCUCCGCCGCGCCGCGCUUCCUGUACCACUGCCAAAAGUGCGAGAUUGACGCGCCCUCCGAGACUUUGACAACUAAGAUGCCGCUGACGCUCGGCGACUUGGCGCUGUCGGCGCGCGGACGCUCGGCGCGCGGCCAGGAUGGCACCAUGCGCUUCGUCUUCGACCCAGAGGCCGCCAAGGCGGAGCACGACGCCGUCGGCGUCUUCUUCAACGAGGAGUACGAGGAGUACGAGAUGGAGAUCGAGGAGCCCGUACCGCCGCCGCCGGAGCCGCGCGGCCCGCGAGACGGGAGGGAGGGCGGCGGCGGCGGCGGUGGUGGUGAGGCCGCGGCGAUAGGAGAGGUGAGCCCUACGGGGGCUACCGCGGUGAUCGACAUCAUAGAGGAGGACGAGGUCGGCAUCACUAGCACGAUGGAGAAGACAAAAUUUGGAGGAGGGAGUCUUUUGGCUUGA